AGCGUCACUUCCGCUAUGUCGCGAGACGCUUUCUGCGGGGCGGCCCCGCCCAUUCCGGCGACGGCACUUCCGGGAGCGGGGCCGUCCCGCCGCCAUCUUGGGCGGGCUCCGGGGCUGCGGCGGCGGCGGCGGCGGAGCGGGUCCCUCCAUGGGAAGAUGCAGCGGGCGGGGCCGGAGGAGGCGGCGAGGGCGCAGGCGGCGGCGGGGGGACCCGGGCGGAGCGGGGCCGAGGUGGCGGCGGCCCCCGCCGGGCGGCUCCUGAGGCGGGAGCUGCGGCUGCUCGAGUCCAUCUUUCACCGCGGUCACGAGCGGUUCCGCAUCGGCAGCGCCUGCCCGGACGAGAUCAGCUGCGAGUUCGUCCCGGGGGCUGGGGCCCGCGCCGGUGCCUCCGCCUCCCGGGGGCCGCCGCCGGGACCCGUCCGUAUUCACUGCAACAUCACGGAGUCUUAUCCAGCUGUUCCCCCAAUAUGGUCUGUGGAGUCAGACGAUCCCAACCUGGCAGCUAUCCUGGAGAGGCUGGUGGAAGUCAGGAAAGGAAAUACAUUGCUUUUGCAGCACCUGAAGCGAAUAAUCUCUGACCUGUGCAAACUCUACAACCUCCCCCAGCAUCCAGAUGUUGAAAUGCUGGAUCAGCCUCUGCCAGCAGAACAGAGCACCCAGGAAGAGGUGUCCUCCGAAGAGGAAGAUGAAGAGAUGCCAGAGGACACUGAGGACUUGGACCACUAUGAGAUGAAAGAGGAAGAGCCAGCAGAUGGGAGAAAGACAGAGGAUGAAGGCAUUGGAAAAGAAAACCUGGCCAUUUUAGAGAAAAUAAAAAAGAACCAGAGGCAAGAUUACUUAAAUGGUGCAGUGUCUGGGUCUGUGCAGGCCACUGACCGGCUAAUGAAGGAGCUCAGGGAUAUUUACCGAUCACCAAGUUUCAAGGGCGGAUACUAUGCAGUUGAACUAGUGAAUGACAGCCUGUACGAUUGGAACGUCAAACUCCUGAAGGUUGACGAGGACAGCGCUUUGCACAACGAUCUCCAAAUCCUCAAAGAGAAAGAAGGAACGGAUUUCAUCCUCCUCAACUUUUCUUUUAAAGAUAACUUUCCUUUUGAUCCACCAUUUGUAAGGGUUGUAUCCCCGGUGCUGUCAGGGGGGUAUGUUUUGGGUGGUGGUGCCAUCUGCAUGGAGCUGCUUACGAAACAGGGCUGGAGUAGUGCCUACUCCAUCGAGUCGGUGAUCAUGCAGAUCAGUGCAACGCUGGUGAAAGGGAAAGCACGAGUACAAUUUGGAGCCAACAAGAACCAGUACAGCCUGACAAGAGCACAGCAGUCCUACAAAUCCCUGGUUCAGAUCCAUGAGAAAAAUGGCUGGUAUACACCACCCAAGGAGGAUGGCUAGUGUGGAUGCUGCAGGACCAAUCUGAAUAUCUUCUGGAUGCUGUACUUGGAUCUUAGUGAUGCCUCUUGGCUUUCUCCCAGGAUGUAAUAGCUCUGCCUGUUGCAGGACAAUACUGGCUAUUCAAAACUCUACAUAACUGUUUAAGGAGUUGGACUGACCCAGAACACUUGCUGGGCCCAUGCUAGCAGGCAUUCUUGUUAAGACAAACUCUUGAGCCUCUUGUAUUGCUGGAAACUUUUGACUCUACUCCAGUCUAGAGCAUCCUCCUUACCUAUGCUAUGGAUUUAAUUUAUUUUCUUAUUUCAUGUACACUGCUUUUUUUUGUUACGGUGUAUGAUGGAUGUGUAUGGAAAAUGUAUCUUUGGAGAAAAAUUACAGUUUGUUAAUUUGAGAA